CUCCGUUUCUGUACCGUGCAAAUCCCGACAUACCAGAGGACGCCGGAGCAACCUGCAACAAGUACUGGAUUUCAUUUAGGGUUGGUUCUCCUCUCAAUUAUUUCUUCUCUUUCUUUUGCUAUAGGGGCUGCGUCCCUUCGCACCUACUACUGCUGCAUCCCAACUCCUGCUGCGGACUUUGUUUUGGGGUCGGCAUGCGCCUGCGGUUUUAUGCUCGAUGAUCUUCGCCAGGUGCAGUCAGAUUUUGCAUCGGCCAAGAAGCUCAUACGAUCGCUCAAGCUGGUCCCUGGUGUGGAUGUCAAUAUCCUGUGCUGUGAGAAUUUUUGGGUCGAACCCAAGAAGCUUGUUGGGAGGCCGCUCAAAUUCCUCAAUUUAGUGGCUUAUGAGUCUCGGGUUUCUAGUGAGGUCUCGGGUUUCUUCUUUGUUCAGUCCCUUGCCAUGUUUCUCCUAUCAAAGUCGCUAUUAAAACCGUUUCUGUGGUUUUCCUGGUGAAGUUGCUGUCAAAGGGUGUUAUUAAAUUUGUUAGAUAUGGAAGAUGAGGAUAUAAACAAACUUCCAUCCAUGGUUGAUUCUGUUUCUGAAAGUGAAAAGAGCAAAAGCCAAUCUGGGUAUAGUAGCAUUGAUUCUCAACCUAACAAUUCUGAGCAUAAAGAAGACAUGCUGAGUGGGGAAAGUUUGGGAAAAGAUUAUGUUAACAAUCACUCACUGAUGGAAACUGAAGAUACUGUUAGCCUUCCUGUAUUAAUUAAUACUGGCUGUAAGCACGAGAACAAAGAAAACUUUAGUGAUUCAGGCAUUCAACCUGGUGAUAUUUUGGACGAAGACAAAAGGGAAAAUGAAAAACUGUGCCAGACUGAGAAUUUCAUUCAGCCUGACGGUGCCCAUUGCCCUACUGAAGCAAAACUUGACGAUGAUUUAGAAGAUGGUCAAUCUACCUUGCAGGUGAAUUUUGAGUUGACUGAAACUAUUAUGGUCUCUGGCGAACAGAAAUCUUCAAACUCAGGAGCAAAUGCUGAGAAUGGUAGCCAAGCUCCCAGGGAUGGAAGUUCCAACAGAAGCAAUAAUAGAAGUUCUCAAGGGGGUGCUAAAAGAGCUCGCGCCACUUUUGAUGAACAUCAACCUUCAGUGCAUGUUGUCUAUAAUUCCCUAACAAGAGCUAGUAAACAAAAACUUGAGGGACUGCUACAGCAAUGGUCAGAAUGGCAUGCUCAGCAUGUUUCUUUAUCCAAGGAUCCUAAUGAAGUGUUAGAAUGUGGUGAGGAGACAUUCUUUCCUGCUCUACAGAUUGGAAUGGAAAAGGCAUCUGCAGUGUCAUUUUGGAUGGAUAACCAGACAACAAAGGAGCAGAAUAAGUGUUUCACUCCUGUAGAUGGUAAUUCUGUGCCUUUGUAUGAUCGUGGAUAUGCUUUAGGUUUGACUUCAGCUGGUGGUUCAAGUAAUGUUGAGGGGGGUCCAGAGAUCAUUGAUGAUGCUCCCCGGUGUUUCAAUUGUGGUGCCUAUGAUCAUUCUUUGAGAGAAUGUCGAAGGCCCCGUGACAAUGCUGCUGUCAAUGUUGCUCGUAAGCAACACAAGUCUAAGAAGAACCAGAAUUCUGCUUCUCGGAACCCAACUCGAUAUUAUCAGAAUUCUUCUGCUGGAAAAUAUGAUGGUUUGAGGCCAGGUGCUCUUGAUGCUGAAACACGUCAACUCUUGGGCUUGGGGGAACUUGAUCCGCCACCUUGGCUUAACAGAAUGCGAGAAAUUGGAUACCCACCUGGAUAUUUAGAUGUGGAUGAGGAGGAUCAGCCGUCAGGCAUUACCAUAUAUGGUGAAGAAGAAAUCAGGGAACAGGAGGAUGGGGAAAUCACGGAGGCAGAUUAUUCAAAGUCAAAGAGAAAAAUGGCUGUUAAAUUUCCAGGAAUAAACGCACCCAUUCCAGAAAAUGCAGAUGAAAGGUUGUGGGCUGCUGGACCUUCAAGCUCAGAUACUUUCAGAAACCGGCCUCAGCACAGAUCAUCAAAUUAUAGUACAGAUUAUGUCAGCAGGGGAAAUUAUCGUGAGCGGAGGUCAUCUAUGGAUUUCCGAGAUGAUGGUCCUCCAGGGGACCCGGGAUAUGGCUCAUCUUCCUAUAGUUUUCAUCCAAGGUACAGUAAAUAUGAUGAUGAGUACAAUACAGGAAGCCCUACCUAUGGGAGGUCCCAAUCAGACAGAAGUUGGAGAAGUCCUCUGCACAAUGAAGGAUACUCGAACCCUGACUCCUAUGGUUCUUUUCACUAUGCACACUACUCACACGCAGAGAGGCUUCUUUCUCCUCAUGAUUAUGAUUCAGGCAGACCUACUCACCGGACUGAAAGCCUGAAUGACAGAGACCCAGAUCGUUAUCGAAUGAAGGAUAUAUCAGAAGGCCGUCACUAUCGCAAUUGGAGGUAAAAGUGGUAUUAAUGGUAGUUUGUGAGGGUACAUUUUCGUUAAGUUGAAGUUACCUCUAACCCUUGCCAAUUAGAAGUAGGGUCUGUACAGUUCUAGAGAAGUUGGCUGGUUUUAGACUUUAUCCAUUCCUGCUGGCCCUAAAUGAUAAUGUGAUGUUUUAUUGACCAAACAUUUUUGUCAUUAUGAAGGCUCGAAGCAUCCCCCCCCCCCCUUCCUUCUUUGCUCGUCUUUUUUCUUGACAGCUUGCUUAUAAUCUUGGGCUGUUGCGAGUCCGCGAGUCCGUCACAAAUUUGACAUUAGAAAGCAAUUUAGUGCGUGAAACCAAACACGCUAUUAAUAUUAGUAUUUAAUACUUUCUUAUAGUUCUUGGUGUAAGACAUUCAGAUAUAAAAGGUCGUGAUAUUUGAAAUGUUUGUCGCUUGUCAUUUGAUAUUAUGUGAUGUUUUGGAAUUUGGUUAA